AUGCCGGGCCGGGCGGAGCCGUCGGGGGGACGCGCGGCGGCGGGGCCGGUGCCGGUGGCGGUGGCGGUGGCGGUGCCGGUGGCGCCCGGGGCGGCGGCGCGGCCGGGCGGCGCGGGGCUGCGGGCCAAGGGCUUCGCCAUCACCGACCUGCUGGGGCUGGAGGCCGAGCUGCGGCCGCCCCCCGCCGCCGCCGGGGGCUACGAGGGCGGGGGGGCGCUGGGGCUGCUGUGCGGCCUGGGGGGGGCGGGCGCCCCGUGCCUGCUGCCCGCCCCGCUGCCGCUGCUGCCCGCCCGCGGCCCCCGCCCGCCCCCCGGGCCGCCGCCGCCCGCCGCCCGCCGCCACAGGGAGAGCCUCUCCGACGAGGACGGCCUCUCCGGGGACGCCGCCGCCCCGCCCCAGAGGAAGAAGCGCCGGCACAGGACGGUCUUCACAGCCCACCAGCUGGAGGAGCUGGAGAAGGCUUUCACCGAAGCCCACUACCCCGACGUCUACGCCCGGGAGAUGCUGGCCGUGAAGACGGAGCUGCCGGAGGACAGGAUACAGGUUUGGUUUCAGAACCGAAGAGCCAAGUGGCGGAAGCGGGAGAAGUGCUGGGGCCGGAGCAGCGUGAUGGCCGAGUACGGCCUCUACGGGGCCAUGGUGAGGCACUCCAUCCCUCUGCCGGAGUCCAUCAUCAACUCUGCCAAGAGCGGGCUGGUGGGAUCCUGCGCCCCGUGGCUGCUGGGCAUGCACAAAAAGUCCAUGGAGGUGAGCAGGAAGGCGGAGAGCCAAGAGAAGCUGGCAGAUGGCUGGCGAGCGGAGCAGGAGGAGGAGGAGCUCAAAGGGAAGCAGGCCAGUUCCCAGAGGGGCUCCGACAAGCUCGGCCCUGCAAAAGAUUCGGAGGACAGAGCCAUCGACCUCUCCAGGACAGCCAAGCACGAGAAGAGGGGCGUACUGAGGCAGUGCAUCAACGGGGACCCCCCCACGGAGCAGAAGGACAGGGACCACUGA